AUGGGUGGUGCAGCCACGGUGGUGAGCCUGCAGCAGCUCAAGGGCAUAUUAGGACUUGACCAUUUUACCCAUGCCACCGAUGCUAUUUCUGUCUUGCGCUCCGUCUUUUCUCAAACCCAUAAGUGGAGAUGGGAGAGUGCUGUGCUGGGAUGUGUUUUCCUUUUCUACCUCCUCAUUUCAAGAUACUUUAGCAAAAAGAAGCCAAGGCUAUUCUGGAUAUCAGCCAUAGCUCCAUUAACAUCUGUGAUUUUGGGUAGUGUUCUGGUGUAUCUCACCCAUGCUGAGAAACAUGGAGUCCAAGUGAUAGGACAUUUGAAGAAGGGGAUAAAUCCAGCAUCAAUAAUGCACCUCAACUUUGAUUCGAGGUACCUGACAACGGCUAUCAAAACUGGCAUAGUCACGGGCAUUAUUUCUCUAGCUGAAGGAAUAGCCGUGGGCCGAAGUUUUGCCAUGUUCAAGAAUUACAAUAUUGAUGGCAACAAAGAGAUGAUCGCUAUUGGGAUGAUGAACAUUGUGGGAUCCUGUUCUUCUUGCUACCUCACAACAGGUCCAUUUUCGCGAUCAGCGGUCAACUUCAACGCUGGAUGCAAAACUGCAGUCUCGAAUAUGGUGAUGGCAAUUGCAGUUAUGAUAACUUUGUUAGUUUUGACCCCGUUGUUUCAUUACACACCGCUCGUCGUUUUGUCAUCGAUUAUAAUCGCAGCUAUGCUCGGCCUCAUAGAUUACGAGGCCGCCAUUCACUUGUGGCAAGUCGACAAGUUUGACUUUCUCGUGUGCAUGAGUGCAUACUUCGGCGUGGUCUUUGCCAGCAUUGAAGUCGGUUUGGUCAUGGCCAUUGGGUUAUCUAUAUUGAGGGUGCUACUAUUUGUUGUUAGGCCAAGGACUUUGGUGUUGGGGAAUAUUCCAGAUUCUAAUGUUUUUAGAAGUGUUGAUCAAUAUCAAAAUGCAAUUACAGUGCCUGGGGUUCUAGUUCUUGAAAUAGAUGCUCCAAUUUAUUUUGCCAAUUCCAACUAUUUGAGAGAAAGAAUUUCAAGGUGGAUUGAUGAUGAAGAAGACAGAAUAAAGUCAUGUGGAGAGACUGGAUUGCAAUUUAUUAUACUAGACAUGACUGCCGUUGGAAACAUUGACACGAGUGGGAUUAGCAUGUUCGACGAGGUCAUGAAGGUCAUCGACCGGAGAGGGCUCAAGCUGGCAUUGGCCAAUCCAGGGGCGGAGGUUAUGAAAAAGUUGAACAAAUCGAAGUUUUUGGAAAGAAUGGGCCAAGAAUGGAUCUUCUUGACUGUGGAGGAUGCUAUUGGGGCGUGCAAUUACACCCCUCUGUUAGUGAAAUGGAUUUUACCCGGGCUCCUUCAACUCGGACAGUUUCCGUACCUACAAGAACUCAAUGUCGAGGAAGGUCCCGGCGUCGGUCUUCUGAUGCCUAAGUUAGCACUCGUUCCAAAUCAAGAGUGA